UUUUUUUUUUUGGGAAAUUUUAAAUUAGAAAUGUAGCCUGAUAUAGUGAGAAUGACUGAUUGGGAGAGUUAAUCACUGCCAAUUAAGAGAGGGAGAUUUAUAAUUUCUUUCUAUGGGUUAUGAAUUUGCAACAAUGUAAUGCUUGUUAUUGAUACAAUAAUCUGUUAAUUUUCUUUCUGUUUUUUACUAUGUUGCAACAUAUUUUUAACCCUUGGUUUACCAAAUUAACUAAAACCAAAAAGCCUUCAAGAGUUCAAGCCCAUUGUAUUUAAAAUUCUACUUAUCUCCUAACUUUUUAACAAAAAGUCCAUGAUAUCCCUAUAUGACAAUUGGCUGGCCGUAAUAUUAUUAACAAGAAUGAAAAAAUUGACAAGUAUGCUACAAGUUUUAUACUACAUAUUUCGUAUUUAUACAACCGUAUGUCGUAAUUUAAAGCCGAUUAGACCCUGACAUAUUUAGAUUCGAGCUGGGUGAGACCUCAACUAGACGAAAGCUCUCCCAACAAAUACGAUUACGACUAUAACUUUGGCUAUAACUUUGUCAUAUCAUAUCUCAAAAACUACCCAAAAACACACAUAAAACUAUUUAAAUACCCCAUCUCACUCUCUUUAAAUACAUCAAUUAAAAAAAAAAAAUUCAUAAACACAAUACAUCUCUCAAUCUCUCCCCUCUCUCUUUCUCUCUCCUCUUAUACAAAGUUGAGAGAAGAGGAAGACUUUGGCUCCCUUAUUCUUCUUCGACCCACCCCUUCAAAAAUAUUUUGUAAACUCCCCAUCUCAAACAAACAAAAGCUUACAACUCUCAAACUGUUAAUGAUGGACCAAAGUCACCUGGAUCAAGUGGGCAAAAGCUCGCCUGAAACGCUUUCAGAUUCAUCCCUUUCUCCAGAUUCACCUGAUUCAAAUGACAUAUUUGGAGAACCAUUGGUGCAUCCACGAGUUGGUGAUGAGUACCAGGUGGAAAUCCCGUCUUUACAAAACAAGUCUGAACUUCGUCAGCUGAUGAAAAAUCCAGCUGAAUCAAAAGGCAGUACUGACUCUUCACAUUCUUUUCUAAUGGGACUCCCCUUACCAGUGAUGUGGAUCUGUAAUCAGGCUUAUAUAAUCAAGGAUAGGAUGGAAUGCCCUAAUGAUCCUCAUGCAAUUUACACAAAUGGAUUUUUGGAGUCUAAAAAGAAUGUGGGAAUUAGCCAGAUUUCUUCAGUAACAGAAGAGCCAAAUGUCAAAGUUGAGGUUCCGAAACAAACAUACUGGCUUGUCCCUGGUCAAUCAAGUGCUUUGUGGAGUGAGUUUGAAGCUGAUAGCUUCCUUCUUGGGUUGUAUUUAUUUGGAAAGAAUCUUCUCCAAGUGAUGAGGUUCAUGGAGAGCAAGGGUAUGGGACAAAUUUUGGCGUACUAUUAUGGAAGGUUUUAUGUGUCUGGAGGAUAUCGUAGAUGGUCAGAGUGUCGAAAGAUGAGGAACAAGAAGUGUGUACUUGGACAUAGAUUUUUCACAGGAUACAGGCAGCAUGAACUCUUUGCUCGUUUAGCCCCUCGUCUCUCUGAAGAAUCCAAAACUAAUCUGUUGGAGGUUUCUAGGGCAUUUGCCGAGGGAAGGACAACCUUAGAUGAAUAUGUUUUCUCACUCAAAGCCUUGGUUGGAAUCCAUGGUUUAGUAGAAGCUGUUGGAAUUGGGAAGGGAAAGGAGGAUCUAACGACAUUUAUCUUGGAUGGUUCAAAAAAUAGCCAAAUACUCACUAAUCGACCUGAAAUUCCUUCUGGCAAGGCCUGUUCUUCUCUAACCUGUGCUGAGAUAGUAAAGUAUCUGACAGGAGACUUCCGUCUUAGCAAAGCUCGAUCUAAUGAUCUCUUCUGGGAAGCUGUUUGGCCUCGUUUGUUAGCAAGGGGUUGGCAUUCUGAGCAGCCUAGGGGUGAUGGUUAUGCUAGCACAAAGAACGGUUUGGUUUUUCUUAUGCCCGGGAUUAAGAAGUUUUCACGAAGGAAGCUUUCAAAGGGAGAUCACUACUUUGAUUCCAUCAGUGAUGUUUUAGCAAAAGUUGCCAGUGAUCCAGAGCUUCUUGAGCUGGAAACUGAUGAAAUUAAACCUAGCAGCUCCAAGAUAGAAGAAAAUGGGUGGUCCAUUGCAGUGAAAUCAGAUGAUGAUCAAGAUUCUUCUGACCAUGAGCGUCACUGUUACCUCAAGCCUCGAGUCUCCUCAGAAAUUUCAAAUCUUUUCAAGUUCACUGUAGUUGACACCAGUCUGGCUCAUGAAGAUAACCCAUCUAAGGUGAGGGAACUGAGGAGUUUACCUCAUGAAGCUAAAAGAUCUUCUUCCAGAAAAUCUGAUUUGAAAUCGGAGGUUAAUACUGAUACGAUGAGAAAUGGUCUUCAAAGCCCGGCUCUUCACGCUCAUUUAAAAGAAUCAAAGAGUGUUGCUGGUGGAAGCGAACAAGGCAGUAUUAACUUAGAACCUCUGAAAAAGCCAGCUGAUGCCAAUCUACCAACAGACCUCAAGUCGAGAACCAUUAAACAUCAAUUCAGCCGUCGUUUAAAAUCAGGCCCCUCAAGCUGCUCUGUCACAAAAAAACGGAAAUUAGCUUCUUGUGUUGAGGCGGAUCUGACUUGUGUUUUGAGCUUGCCAGCUAAAAAGAAAAAAAAGGCUGCUGCUUCUAGAGUUGUGAUGACAAAUGAUGAUGCCGUUCCUUCUGGUGUGAAUCAGUUUGACAAUUUGCAAGUAGUAUCUAUGGAACAAUCAGCUGCAAGACAUCGCAAUGAAAAUGUUCUCCAGGAUCAGGACCAAAGCUACCGUGUUAGUUCCGAUGUUUCCCAGGAAAAUGAAACAAACCCUAUUAAUCAGACAGUUAUUGACUUAAACUUGCCUCAGGUUUCUUCUGAACCUGAGUGUGAUGACAAAGUAAAGCAGCACGAAGGAGAAAAUAUUCCCUCAUCCAGUUCUUCUGCUGUGGGGAUUCCCUCAUCCAGUUCUUCUGCUGUGCGGUUCCCCUCACCCAGCUCUUCUGCUGUGGGGAUUCCCUCAUCCAGCUCUUUUGCUGUGCAGAUUCCCUCAUCCAACUGUUCUGCUGUGCAGAUUCCCUCAUCCAACUGUUCUGCUGUGCAGAUUCCCUCAUCCAGCUCUUCUGCUGUGCAGAUUCCCUCAUCCAGUUCUGCUGUGGGGCCUGUUAACAAGGUUGGAGACUCAUUAGACCAACAACCAAGAAGGCAAAGCACUAGGAAUCGUCCACUAACAACAAAAGCCCUUGAGGCUCUUGAAAUUGGGUUCUUGAGCCCAGUAAGGCAUAGUCGAAAGCGCUCUUCGUCUACUACAUUAGAUCAAAAGUCAAAGCGUACUCGUCAACCACGCAGCAAAAGCUCCAUGUACCCCCCCGCUAUGGAUUUUGAGGUCAGGGCAUCAACUGAUGAAAAUUGUAAUGGGAAUUCAGGUGUUCUGACCAAUGCUACCCCGACUGAGAAGACAGCCAUGACUCGUGAAUUGUUAGGGCUUCCAGAAACUUCCUUUUCUCCUGCAGCCUCGUCAAAGGAGAUGUUUACGUAGUAGAGCUCUUAUGUUACUUUGACGAGUUUUGAUCCUAUUUUAAAGUCCACCUCUCAGCAAGCAGGGUUUGCUGAUACCUGCUGUAGAAUUCAUUGGAAGUGUUAAGAAGUGUAAUUUCUGGUGCUCACAUGAAGUCAUAUGGCCAAGCAUGCCUUAAUUCACAGCUGCUUGAUUAUGACUGAUUAACAUUGCUGAUACUGUAUAUACAGCACAAAAAGCAAGGAAAGUCGUAGGCAGAAAUUAGAGCAGUCAGUCUUGAGUUUGCAGAUCACAGCAGAGAAGGGAAGUUGAAAGUUAAGCCGGAAUUUUUAGCUCUGAAUUCAAAGCAAGCAAUUGUUCAUUGCUCUUGGUUCUCCAAAAUGUCAUCCAUUCACUGGCAUUGUUCAUAAUAGCAUGUCUCAACACAGGUAAAAGGCCCGAAAGAGUUCUUUUAUUCCUGCUGAUUGACAAUUCCUUUCAUACCAGUCUCUUACAGUUAAUAAAUGUAAUAUUUUUGUUACAAAUUUUCGUAGUUUUUUUUUUUCCGACAAUGUUGGUUUAGGAUUCUGUCUAAAUAUAAUUGAUUAAAGUUCCCAAUUACCUUCCAGCUGUGAAUAAUUCACAGCUUCAUGUUCAUAUUGCAUAUCAGUCAUUUACUCUGUAGGAAUUUUGCUUGUAGCUUGUGACUGAUGUUUCGUCUUUUGGCUCCUGAUUGUGUAAAUUACGGUGCUCUCAGAGGUCAAGAAUUAUUUUUUGAUCA